AUGGAUGACAUUAAUUUCGCUGCUCAGUGUUUGCUUGAAAUGUCCCACAGCAAGGAUUACCUCAACAUAAACAGACCCCUUGAUCUUUCUACUCACGUAAUACGAGAAGUCGUGUUCGUUAAUGCUCCCGGACCAGCAGUGAUAGUCGAAAAAAUACCACCCAUACCCUCCAAUUAUGUCAAGGAAGAAACUAGCAACACCAACACAGAAUCUUCAUCUUACAUGGUUGCUCGCAUACUCACAGACCUUACCAGGAUCAAACAAGAGCCAGUACCAGAGGUUCCCAGUGAUUCAGAGGGCUCUCUAACGAUAGAUGAAGACAGCGAUAAAGAGAAAAAGAGCCCCGCCUCCGAAACACCUAAAGAGAAAGCGGUAACGCCCCCUCCGGUACAAAAGGCCGAAGGGGUACCGCCCACUAAAAAGGCUAAUGUCACUAGGGCUCAAACGGGUACUCGGUUGGGUUCACAGGUCAGGAAAACUCACAAAUGUUCGUAUGAUGGUUGUCAAAAGGUUUAUGGAAAAAGUUCUCAUCUUAAAGCUCAUCUUCGUACACACACAGAUUUAAAUUAG